UCACACUCUCAUGACUUGUAUGAAAAAAAUCUCUCAUUUCUCCCUCAAUCUUCGACAACAUGUUAGGCCUUCCCAAAAAAUAAAAACCAAUUCUUGAUUUAGCAGAUGCUAAGGAUUUAGUGGUCUCUCCACUUUCUCCUAUGAAAUUUAAGAUUACUAUACUAAGUAAUUUUGUGUUACCUUUUUCUUUACUUGUAUACAUGGGAAAAUCAUGAGUACUCACAAAAUCUUUUUGCUCAAGGGCCACUUUAAUAAAAAUGGCUUGGCUUUUCAGUUCUCUUUGGGUUUUCUUGUGUUGGUUUGUUUUCAAGAUUUUCUUUUUCUUGGAGAAAUACAUAGACAGGAGGAUUGUGGAUGAAAAUGAUGAAAUGGAGUGCAAAAAUCACAAAAGAUUAGAUUUUGAUGAGAAGGGUGUGGAAAAAGAGAGUUCUUUUUUGGUUCAGAGUAAGUAUGAGUACAUAUCUGGUCAAGAUUCUUUUGGAUUUAUGGAGAAACCAGAAGCUAAAAGUUUUUCAGUUCAAGAAAUGUUUGUGAAUUUUAAUGAAGGAGAAGGAGUUGUAAUGGCUGAAGAAAAAGAAGAGAUUGAUAAGAAUUCUGAUCAUAAAUUGUUCUAUUUCUCUUUAUUCAAAGAUGGAAGUGUUUAUCAAGAAAAGUCAGAGGUUUUUGAUGGAAAAAAUGCUAAUGAUCAAGAAAAGUCAGAGGUUUUUGAUGGAAAAAAUGCUAAUGAACUAGAAAAAACAGAAGUUUUUGAUGGAAAAAAUGCUAAUGAUCAAGAAAAGUCAGAGUUCUUUGAUGAAAAAGAAGUUAGUUUUCAAGAAAAGGGUGAGGAACAUGUUGAUAAUUUUUGUUUUGAAGAAUUUCUGAAGCAAAAUGAUGAAUUUUCUAGUGAUGAGGAAACACAGAAUUCUGAAGAUAUAUGUUAUGAAAUUCAAUUGCUUCCUGAGAAUCAAUCUUUAAUUCGAAACUCGAUUCGAGGGUCUGAGGCUAUUGGAGAUGGAUUAUGUUCUGAUAGGCAGCUUAAUGGAUUUUUGAAUAGUGAUCAGUUUAUGGAAGCUGGUAGAGAAGAAAAUGAUGACAUGGGAUUUAUUGAAUUGGAAACUUCUUUGCAUAGUUUAAGUUUUUCUAUUGGUAAAGGUGAUUUUGUUGCUAAAAAUGUUGACAAUGUUGAAGUACAAGAUGGGAACUGUGGGGAAAUGAAGUUUAAGGAUGAUUUUCAAGAAUCACUUGACCAUAAUUCGAGUCGAAACUCAUGGGAUACUGGUGAUUUUGCUUCACAAAAUGUUGACAGAGUUGAAAAAACUGAUAUGAACUGUGAGGAAAUGAAGUUAAUGGAUGAUUUUCAAGAAUCUGUAGACCCUAAUUCGAGUCGAAAAUCAUGGGAUACAGAUGAUUUUACUUCUCAAAAUGUUGACAGAGUUGAAGUAACGGAUGUGAACUAUGAGGAAAUGAAGUUAAUGGAUGAUUUUCAAGAAUAUGUGGACCAUAAUUCGAGUCGAAAAACAUGGGAUACAGAUGAUUUUACUUCUCAAAAUGUUGAGAGAGUUGAAGAAACAGAUGUGAACUAUGAGGAAAUGAAGUUAAUGGAUGAUUUCCAAGAAUCUCCAGAUCAUAAUUCGAGUCGAAAAUCAUGGGAUACAGAUUCAGAUGAUGAUGAUGAUGAUAUUUUAUUAGAACAUCAGAAUUUAGUCAGGCAGAUGAAAAUGGAAAUGAAAAAUUCAAGAAUCACAGGGCUGCCUACUAUAUCAGAAGAUUGUGAAUCUUCUAAGGUAUUUGAAGAUUUGAAGCCACUGAAAAUUAAUGAAAAGAUUGGGUACAAAGAUUGUAUAGAAGAAAUUCAGAAAUUUUACAAGAGCUAUGCUGAAAAAAUGAAAAAAUUGGACAUCUUGAAUUACCAGACAUUGAAUGCUAUCAGUUUCCUUCAGCUUAAGGAUUCCGAAGUGUUUAUGUCAAGAAAAAAAACAUCGAUUUCACUAACCAAAGCCUUUGCUUUACCAAGCUUCUUGGCAAACAAACAAAGGAAGAUCUUUGCUGAUCCUGCACAAAAAUCCAUUAGUGAAAUGAAUAGAGACUUGGAAAUAGUAUAUGUUGGGCAAAUUUGCUUGUCAUGGGAAAUUCUCUGUUGGCAAUAUGGUAAAGCUAAGGAAUUGCUUGAACAUGAUCCUCACGAGUAUCACUCAUAUAACCAAGUUGCUGGAGAAUAUCAGCAAUUUCAAGUACUUUUACAAAGAUUCGUGGAGGAUGAACCAUUUCAAGGACCACGAGUCCAAAAUUAUGUCAGGAAGAGAUGUAUUCUCCGUAGCUUUCUUCAAGUCCCAAGCAUUAGAGAUGAUCGUUCCAAGGGAAAGCAGGGCGGACGUGAAGGGGAAAAAGAUGUCAUUUCCAUAGUGAAAUUGGGCGAAAUUAUUAAGGACUCAAUGCAGGUUUUCUGGGAGUUUCUUCGUGCUGAUAAACGUGAAGCUAAUUUGACCUUAAAGGGUGUUCAAGGAACUCAAAUGGACACUGCUGAAAUCGAGCUUUUUAUGAAUGUCAAGUUAGACCUUCAAAAGAAGGAGAGGAAGUUGAAAGAUGUACAAAGAAGUGGCAAUUGCAUAGUGAAGAAGUUCCAAAAACAGCAAGAAAGUCGAUUGAGUCAUUCAUUAUUCACGUCGCUUGUGGAAAUAAAACUGGUAUCAAGAGUACUAAGUUUACCAAGAUUAAGGAGAGAUUAUUUGGUCUGGUGCCAGAGGAAACUAAGCAAUAUCAAUGUUGCAGGCAGGAAAGUUAGCAUGGAACAAUCUUUUUCACUUUUUCCAUGCUAAGGACUACUUAGUAUAUAUUUAGUUUUUCAUAAUGUAAAUGAAGGUCAUCUAGGACUAUAGUUCUAGGCUAUGUUAGUAUACCACCCCCACCCCACCCAAAAAAAGACCUUAUACCCUUGCUUCCCCUUGAAAAAAAAGUACCUAGAGGAGGAGAAAAUGUAGCCUGAUUUUGAAGGGCAAAUUCAGAAUAAGGAUCAAUUGUUUAUCUUGUUUUUGAAUGGUAGUGAAAUAGAUUUCUAAUAUA